GGUAAAUCAAGGGAUUCUAUCAAUUCUUCUUUCAGCGUGUUGUGUGCCGAUAGACGUUCGCUUUAUAUCUUUACUGGAGAAUACACUUGUCAAGGAGUCACCGGUGGCAGUCAAAGGUCCCUCCAGUGGAGGAUACCGCUAUAAUGGUUGUUUUUCACCUAGCUGGACUUUAUUACAGUUUUGGUGCUCGCGGAUUUUGAUAUUUCUUUUUAAAAACCAAACACAUCUUGACGCCCGCUAGCUAACGUUAGUUCUAGCUACUGUCCUAUGGUGUUGUCUUGGUGAGAGUCUUCAAACGACGGAUACACAAGGAAUCUUACAGGGAGACAGCCCUAAACCGCAAAUAUGUCUGGAGCAUCUGUAAAAGUCGCCGUUCGAGUUCGGCCCUUCAACUCCAGGGAGAUAGGCAAGGAUUCAAAAUGUAUCAUUCAGAUGCAAGGCAACACUACAACUAUUCUAAACCCCAAAGCCCCAAAGGAACCAGCAAAGACCUUCAGUUUUGAUUACUCCUACUGGUCACAUACUACGCCAGAAGACCCCAGCUUUGCAUCACAGAACCUUGUGUACAAUGAUAUUGGCAAGGAAAUGCUGGCGCAUGCAUUUGAGGGUUACAACGUCUGCAUCUUUGCUUACGGCCAGACAGGAGCUGGCAAAUCCUACACCAUGAUGGGCAAGCAAGAGGAGGGGCAGGAAGGAAUCAUUCCCAUGCUCUGUGAAGAUCUAUUUGAGAAAAUCAAUGAGGAGAGCAACAAAGAGGAGCUCGCCUACUCGGUAGAGGUCAGUUACAUGGAGAUCUACUGUGAGAGGGUGCGGGAUUUGCUAAACCCCAAGAACAAAGGGAAUUUGCGAGUGCGAGAGCAUCCAUUACUGGGCCCCUACGUGGAGGACUUGUCCAAGCUAGCUGUCACCUCCUACACAGACAUCGCUGACCUUAUGGAUGCAGGCAACAAGGCCAGAACUGUUGCCGCCACCAACAUGAAUGAGACCAGCAGCAGAUCCCAUGCUGUUUUUACCAUCGUCUUCACACAGAAGAAACAUGACAGCGAAACAGAUCUCUCCACAGAAAAGGUCAGUAAAAUUAGUCUGGUAGACUUGGCAGGGAGUGAACGAGCAGAUUCCACUGGAGCUAAAGGCACCAGGCUAAAGGAGGGAGCAAACAUCAACAAAUCUCUCACCACGUUAGGAAAGGUUAUCUCUGCCUUGGCGGAAGUGGAUAACUGUACUAUCAAGUCCAAGAAGAAGAAGAAGUCUGACUUCAUCCCAUACAGAGACUCUGUUCUGACAUGGCUGCUGAGGGAGAACCUCGGUGGAAACUCGAGAACAGCCAUGGUAGCUGCCCUCAGUCCUGCAGACAUCAACUAUGAUGAAACUCUCAGCACGCUCCGCUAUGCUGAUCGAGCUAAGAACAUCAAAUGCAAUGCUGUCAUCAAUGAGGAUCCCAACAAUAAGCUGGUGCGUGACCUGAAGGAUGAAGUGGCUCGACUGAAGGAACUGCUCCAUGCCCAGGGCCUGGGAGACAUCCUAGACAUUGAUCCUAUGGGGGAUGAUUGCCCAGGAAGUGGAAUCAAAUGUGACAGUGCUCAAAUCUUUAGAAUGUUCUCAGUUCUCAGUUCUCAAACUGAGGUUCAGAGCUACAGUCGGAAAGCCCCUAUUGGUUCCUUGACAGCCUCACCAUCCUCUGGAUUACUGUGCAGCCAGGGGGGCCUUCAGUCAGUCACCAGCAUUCAGGAGCGGAUCAUGUCCACACCUGGGGGAGAGGAGGCUAUCGAAAGACUCAAGGAAUCAGAAAAGAUCAUUGCCGAGCUCAAUGAAACCUGGGAAGAGAAACUGCGAAAGACAGAGGCAAUCCGAAUGGAAAGGGAGGCCUUGCUUGCAGAGAUGGGUGUGGCAAUUCGUGAAGAUGGAGGCACGUUGGGGGUCUUCUCUCCUAAAAAGCUUAGCCAUGAAGGGACAUUUGAUGAGCAGUUUGGUUGUUUUCCAACCAAGAAGCAUUUCGUUGAGAAGCCUUGUGAUCUUUUUGCAGACUUUAAUGGGGUGUUUUCCCCCAAAAAGACUCCACACCUGGUUAACCUGAAUGAGGAUCCUCUCAUGUCCGAGUGUCUGCUCUACUAUAUCAAAGAUGGAAUUACAAGGGUGGGUCAGGCUGAUGCUGAAAGACGACAGGACAUUGUUUUAAGUGGAGCUCACAUCAAGGAAGAGCACUGCAUCUUCCGCAGCGAGAGGAAUGCCAAUGGAAAUGUUAUCGUCAUGCUGGUGCCCUGCGAGGGAUCGGAAACCUACGUCAAUGGCAAGCGCGUUGAGGAUUCAAUCCAGCUUCGUUCGGGUAACCGUAUCAUUAUGGGAAAGAACCACGUGUUCCGGUUCAACCACCCAGAACAGGCCCGAGCUGAAAGGGAGAAAACGCCAACUGCCGAAACCCCUGUGGAGCCGGUGGACUGGACCUUUGCUCAGAGAGAGCUUCUGGAGAAGCAGGGUAUCGACAUGAAGCAGGAGAUGGAAAAAAGGCUCACUGAGAUGGAAAUCUUGUACAAAAAGGAAAAAGAAGAAGCAGACCAACUUCUGGAGCAACAGCGACUGGUGUACGAGAGCAAAUUGCAGGAACUUCAGAAACAGGUGGAGACUAUUUCUCUGGUAGCUGAGACACCUGAUGAAGAAGAGUUGGAGGAGGAGGAGGAAGAGGAAGAACCUAGACUUCUGGGAUUGCCAUGGACUCAGCACGAGUUUGAGUUGGCUCAAUGGGCUUUCAGGAAGUGGAGGUACCAUCAGUUUACCUCCCUCCGUGACCAGCUGUGGGGAAACGCCGUCUACCUGAAGGAAGCCAACGCCAUUAGUGUGGAGCUUAAGAAGAAAGUCCAGUUCCAGUUUGUCUUGCUGACGGACACACUGUACUCGCCGCUUCCCCCUGAGCUUCUGUCACCAGAGCCAGAGAAAGAGCGUGACUCCAGACCUUUCCCCCACACCGUGGUGGCUGUAGAGGUUCAGGACCUGAAGAAUGGAGCCACACACUAUUGGUCCCUUGAUAAACUCAAGCAGAGGCUGGACCAGAUGAGAGAGAUGUAUGACCGUGCUGGAGAAAUGGCCUCCACAAACCAGGAGGACGGAGAGGGCUCUCUGACAGGAAAUGACCCCUUCUAUGAUCGCUUCCAUUGGUUUAAACUUGUGGGGAGCCAGCAUACAUUGGACGAUUUCUCCCCCAUCUUCCACGGUUGUGUUAAUGAGCGCCUGGCCGACCGCACGCCCUCGCCUACCUUCUCCACUACUGAUUCCGAGAUCACCGAGCUGGCGGACGAGCGCCAGAGCGAGAUGUCUGACUUGAUUGAUGAUGAGGCUUUUGUGGAUGACACCAGCUCAGAUGCUGGCACUGAAGAGGGCUCGGAUAUCUUCAGUGAUGGCCAGGACCCCUUCUACGACCGCUCACCCUGGUUCAUCCUGGUGGGAAGAGCUUUCGUGUACCUGAGCAACCUGCUGUACCCUGUACCACUGGUGCACCGUGUUGCCAUAGUAACAGAGAAGGGCGAGUUGCGUGGUUUCCUGCGUGUGGGGGUCCAGGCUAUAGCUGCUGACGAGGAGGCCCCGGACUAUGGGUCAGGAGUUAGACAGUCAGGAACCGCCAAGAUUUCCUUUGAUGAUGAGUACUUCAAAAAGAAUGACUUUCCUUCCAUGGUGAUGACCCGUUCCGGCUUGUCCCUGGAAGAGCUGCGCAUUGUGGAGGGUCAGGGCCAGAGUUCAGAGGUCAUCACACCCUCAGAGGAGCUUAACAGAAUCAAUGACAUGGACCUAAAGCUGGGUAACAACGGAGACACCAAGCUGAGUUGUGGUGACGGUCUGGCAGGCCAGCUGGAGGUGGGCAGCAUCUUUACCUUCCGUGUUACUGUGCUCCAGGCCAAUGGCAUCCCACCGGAGUACGCAGAUAUCUUCUGCCAAUUCAAUUUCUUGCAUCGUCACGACGAAGCUUUUUCCACUGAGCCUCUGAAGAACGCCGGCAAAGGAGCCCCCCUGGGCUUUUACCACGUCCAGAACGUUUCUGUUGAGGUCACAGAGUCCUUCAUUGAGUACAUCAAGACCAAGCCCAUUGUGUUUGAGGUGUUUGGCCACUACCAGCAGCACCCGCUGCAUUAUCAUGGACAAGACCUGAUCAGUCCUCCACUACCAUCAAGGAAAUACUACCCUAUUCCCAUGCCUUUGUCUAAACCAGACCAUACACGUAAGAUAGAGUUGGUCCGCUACCUGAUGAGCGGCUAUGUGAACGGCAAAGUGCUGGACACGCUGUCCGAGCACGCCAACGCCCUGGCCUCCUCUGCCGUGGCCAGUCUGGAGGACGAGGCUGACCAUCUCUCUCACUUCAUCUUCCUCCCGGUGCCCAAUGACCCUGUGCUAAUUGUUCCCAGGCACCAUGUUCCAGCCACCAAGUUGAACACCAUCACCAAGUCUAACCUGGGUCAUUGUGUCAGCAAAUACGACCUGCUGGUCUGGUUUGAGAUCAGUGAGCUGGAGCCCACUGGAGAGUACAUCCCAGCUGUAGUUGAUCACAGCGGAGGUCUGCCCUGCAAUGGCACCUACCUACUGCACCAGGGGAUCCAACGAAGGAUCACGGUGACUCUCAUCCAUGAGAAGGGAAGCGAGCUUCACUGGAAGGACGUUCGUGAGCUGGUCGUGGGCCGCAUUAGGAGCAAAGCUGAAGUGGACGAUAGCGCUGCAGAUGCUGUCCUGUCCCUCAACAUCAUUUCUGCCAAGAACAUCAAGUCAUCCCACAACUCCAACAGGCUUUCUAUUGAUAAGGAUAUUGAUAGGACUUUCUACCGUUUCGAGGCAGUGUGGGACAGCUCCCUGCACAACUCCCUUCUGCUAAACCGAGUCACUCCAUAUGGAGAGAAGAUCUUCAUGACCCUGUCUGCGUAUCUUGAGCUGGACCAUUGCAUCCAGCCUGCUAUUAUUACCAAAGACAUCUGCAUGGUCUUCUACUCCAGAGACGCAAAGAUCUCCCCUCCCCGUUCCCUCAGGAACCUCUUUGGGAGUGGAUACUCCAAAACCCCUGACUGCAAUCGAGUCACUGGCAUCUACGAGCUGAGCUUGUGCAAGAUGUCUGACACUGGAAGCCCAGGGAUGCAGCGCAGGAGGAGGAAGAUCCUGGACACUUCUGUGGCUUAUGUGCGUGGAGAAGAGAACCUGGCCGGCUGGAGGCCUAGAGGAGACAGUCUCAUCCUGGAGCACCAAUGGGAGCUGGAGAAAAUGGAGCAGCUGCAUGAGGUGGAGAAGACCCGUCACCUGCUCCUGCUGAGGGAGAAGCUGGGAGACGAUGGUCCAGUGGGAACAGCUCCCACCACCAAGUCCCUGAGUGAAUUCCUGUCCCCCAGCAUGAGCUCAGGCAGCUUGUCCACCUCAACCUCCAUCUCCUCGCAGAUCUCCAGCACCACCUUUGAAAGCGCCAUCACGCCCAGCGAGAGCAGCGGCUACGACUCCACCGACAUUGAGAGCCUAGUGGAUCGUGAGAAGGAGCUAGCUACUAGGUGCCUGCGCCUCCUGACACAUACCUUCAACAGUGAAUAUAACCAAGUGGUUAACAGUAUCAGUGACUGCAAGCUGUCGGACAUCUCCCCAAUGGGACGUGACCCAUCAGUGACCAGCUUCAGCAGCGCCACCCUCACCCCCUCCUCCACUUGCCCUUCUCUGUCUGACUCCCGCUGUGGUUCAAUAGACCAGAAGACCCCAGAGAACAGCUCCCGUGCCUCCAGUCCCUCGUGUUCAGACUAUGAAAACUUCCCGAUGGUUCCCACUCUGGAGACCUCGUACCUAGCACGGGCUGGAAAGAACGAGUUUCUCAACUUGGUGCCUGACAUUGAAGAAAUGAGGCCAGGAUCCGUAGUUUCCAAGAAAGGUUUCCUAAGCUUCAUGGAGCCACGCUCCAACUCGUGGGUGAAGCACUUUGUGGUUGUGCGCCGGCCCUACGUCUUCAUCUACAACAGCGACAAGGACCCGGUGGAGCGGGGUGUCCUCAACCUCUCCACAGCACAGGUGGAAUACAGUGAAGACCAGCAGGCCAUGCUCAAGACUCCCCACACGUUUGCUGUGUGCACAAAACAUCGAGGAAUCCUGCUGCAGGCCAACAACGAGAAAGACAUGAACGACUGGCUGUACGCUUUUAACCCCCUGCUUGCAGGAACAAUAAGAUCAAAGCUGGCGAGGAGGCGCAGUGGCCUUAUGAAGAACUGAGUGGGUUGACCGGCACACAGGAAACCAUGGCUUCCAUUGUUUCUGGAAAGCCUUUUGAACAUACCAAGUGUUAACACUUAUUAAUCAUUGUGAUUCUUGACAGUUUUCUCUUGUAAGUAGACUUGUGGCUUAAGUCUCCUUUCAUGCGACUAAAAAGUUUCAGUUCCAGAGAAAUUUGCCUCCCCCUCUCCCUCCAACAACCCUCUGCCAACUUAGCUUUUCUCCUCUCAAUUUCUCGUGCCCUCUCCUACUCAGCUUUUUGUGUUUUUGUUUUUAUGACAAUGUCUAAUUUUGUUCCGCUUUGUUGUCAUUCCCUAUCUCCCUAACUAGUAGCAUGUUGUAAUAGUCUACUUGUGUGUGCACGAUUCUUCAGAAACUGUUCUUUCUGGCCACUAAUUUUUUGUUUGCCAAUCAUUUGUAAAGAAAUUGUCUCUAUCAGUGUUAUUUGACUCCCUAAAGGAGUUCAAUUUUAUUUUCUGGUUGUUUCAUUUGUUUUUAAUAUGCCCUCACGAGAACUGCAGCAGUCCUCAGGUGAACUCCAGGUUUGCUUACUCAAAAGAAAUUUAAACAAAUCAGAUAAUCUACAGUUGAACCCAUGAAGGGAAAAUAUACAAUUUUCUCCAAUUGAUGUAUUGCUUUUUAUUCUGCUACAGAAAGCAAGGCUACUUCAAGAUCUAUUGCUGCUAAUGAAUUCAUAGGUUUUUCUUCUAUUUGUGAGAUUUGCAUCAGGCCAUCUCCUCUAGCUUCCCCUCUGCCAUCUCCUAAAUGGCCUUUAGCUACAAAAUGUUAAGUCUAAAAAAUGUGUCCCAACUCAGCGAGACCUGAGGUCAGCGCUGGAUUCCCAUGUGAUAGUUAGAUCCCACUUUUCAGUCCGUGCAGAUUAACCAACGCCAACCCUGAUAGUGCCGUCAGUCAAGCGAUUACUUGCAAUCAUGCAUUUGUGUCAACAUCAAAAAUACAUGCUAACGUGCAAAAAAAUGCAUGAGGAUUAUUUCGUAUCUCAGCAGUGAAAAUGUGUCAAUGGAUUGUUCCCGCAGGAGUAGAUAUUUGUCCUUGUCCUUUUGCUAUUUCAUAUCAAGAAAAAAACAGGGUGGAGGUGGAGGAGGAAGACGGACGGUACUCUAAAAAGAGAAUUUGUACAUACAGUCUGUUUUGGGAUCAGUGGGGUAGUUAACUUUCAUUUAAGACAUUCCUCUCAGCUCCUUUAGCAGUUUUUUUUUUUUCUCAUACUAACUUGUUGCGACUCGGAUCCCAAGAGAGUCUCAACAUUUGCUAAUAUUUAGUUGAUCCAUCACGUACGUGUGAUACCGAAGACUAAAACAAAACCUGGUGAAAUGGGAGGAAGAAGUAAGAAAGAAGAUUGAAGUUGCAAUGCUCUAGCCUUGAUGCAAGUAGAUAAGUGAUGAAGCUGCUAGCACAUAGCCUGCAGGACAGAUAAUGUAUAGUCUGUCUCAUGACUCCCCUCACUGUCAUGCUAGUGUCAGGUAAAAUCUCUAAAGUGAAGUACUUACUGCUCAGCAGUACCACAGGUUACCAUGUGUUCCUUUUCUAUUUGUGUUUCUUGAAUUGAAACUCAUCUAACUCUAAUUGGGUUGACGUUUUUUUUUUUUUUAAAUAAUUAACAUUGUUUUUUCUAUUAUGCUUUUAAUCAUUCCACAGUGAAGUUUUAUACGAAAUGUAACCAAGGGCAUUUAUUUUGUUGUAACCAGCUGUGUUGGUGUUUAACCUUAUUUUGCACAUUAACACAUAUCUAUAGCAAGACGAGGGCAGAUCACACAUGUUGAGUAUCAGGAACACUGAAAAGAGCACAUAUCAAGGCUACACUGGAUAGCUGUUUGUUAGACAGAAAGAAGUAAUAUUAAAAGGAUGACAUAUUAUCAAAGGGUUUAUUUCUGUUAUUGUUUAUAAAAAUAUUUGCUCUGUACAUUGUACCACAGCUGUUACAUUUGGCUCUGGAUAAAUGAUGCCUCUGUCUCUUUAAAUGGUAGAUGUGUGAAAAGCACAGAUGGGCAUUAAACACUCUGGCCAACCAACCAGUAGUGUGCCUACUGUAUCCUAUGGAAGACAAAUAAAGGUUGAAGGUGUGGUAACAGAGGCAGCCAUCGCCUGUUACAAAUAUUAGUGGAAUUAUUGGUGACAUAUCUUCAUCGUUUGCUGAUGUAAAGACAGAAAACAUUUGACUCAGAAGUCCGAAUGAGUAAAAAUGGCGAGUGUCACUGCCCUCAGGUCAGCCAACCUGCUGGUCAGAGAAAGGAAAAACCUGCUGAGUUGUUUCUGGGAAAAUGUUUCUUCUGUCAUGGAAAAAAUAAUAACGAAAAACCAUCUAUGCACUGAUGAAGGCUCUAAGUGCAAGGUACCUCACGUUAACCUCAGCGUACUGUGUGAGAUAUGGAUAUGUUGGAGCAAACAUUUUCACUUUACUGACUAAUUUGCAGAGGUGUAUCAUUUUGGAUUGUGUAUUUAUUGUUUGCAAUGUAUAUAUUAGUUUGCAGCUCUUUGCACAUAUUAAUAAAAGGUUCAACUAACUGAUCAAAUAAAGUCUGUGCGGUUUAGUUGUGCUACUCAGAGUGAACCAAAUGACGUUGUGGCAGCCUCUUCCAGUCUGAACUGGGAGAGCGUUGAAUGCACUAUGAAGAUGUGUUUUUCCAUCAUUUAAAAAAGGUCAAAAAAAGAGAAUGACUAAAAUGUAACCCACUGCAUCUUUUUCAGAGGAGGUGAGUUACAUUAGUGCUUCCUCUUUAUUAGAAAGUGGUUUGAGUGAAGUCUGCUUUUGAUUUGAAGAAUAUUUACUCACUACUCAUGCUAGCCAGCCACUUGAAUUAUAACAAAAUAAGGUUGGUUUUUAACUCGUUUUAUUUUUUUCUAAUAUCAGGGAAUAUAAUACAAAGUAGCUAGUGACAUCUAAAAUGACAGUAUACUAUUGUUGUGCUGGUGUCUUUCUUCACCUCAACACUUUAUUUUUUCCGUUGAUGCCUUUCAAAACAAAACUAGCCAUGAUAUUUUCCAUCGUCCCCUCUGGCUGUUACUGUUAUAUCAGUUAAACUGCAUUCCCUUUGAAUUUGUUCCACCAAAAGAAAAAAGACAAACCACGACAUUAUCACUGUACAAUAUUUGUCAGACUGGUUUCAUUUUCAUACUUAUUUUGUAAAUAUCUGUGUUGUAUGGAGCUUGACUUAAAAUGUAAAUAUGUUUACUGUAUUUGUAAUUAUUAUAAUCCAUUCGCUGUAUAGCAUAGAUGUGUCAUGCAGAUAUCCUAAUUCUGUGUAUGGUAAUCUUGCACCAUUGAGCUGUUUAGUGAAUGAGGCAACAAUAAAAGUGCAAACUGUGCAUUAGC